AUGUCCAUUCUAACACGAUUACGGGAAUUCGAUGCAUACACGAAACCGAUGGAAGAUUUCAGGGUUAGAACCUUCACCGGUGGAAUGGUGUCCCUGAUAGCUUCUAUCGUGAUUGUUCUCUUGGCAAUUCAAGAAACAACACACUAUCUUGCUGGAGAUGUCGUAGAGCAAUUAUAUGUGGAUUCCACAUCGUCGGACGUUCGUCUUGAUGUACAUUUUGACAUCACUUUUCAUAGAUUGCCAUGUGCAUUUAUUACUGUUGAUGUUAUGGAUGUUAGUAGCGAAAACCAGGACAAUGUGCAGAAUGAUAUAUUCAAGUUGCGUUUGGACAGCAGUGGUGGAAAUGUAACAAGCGAAGCACAAAAAAUAGAGGUGAACCAAAACACUACCGGUAUGGUUGUUACAACGCCAAAAUGUGGCAGCUGUUAUGGGGCACUUCCUGAUGGAAGUUGCUGCAACACAUGCGAUGAAGUAAAAGAAGCGUAUCAAUUGCGAGGCUGGCAAGUUAAUGCUGAUGAAGUAGAGCAGUGUAAGAGUGAUCCGUGGGUGAAGAAGUUCAUCGAGUUUAAAGGUGAAGGAUGUCGAGUGUACGGAAAACUGCAGGUGGCGAAAGUUGCGGGUAACUUCCAUCUUGCACCAGGAGAUGCGCACAGGGUUAUGCGAGCGCACGUUCACGACUUUCAUAGUCUUGAUCUAAUCCGUUUUGAUACUGCUCAUCGGAUAAACCACUUGGCGUUUGGAGAUGAGUUUCCGGGGAAACAACAUCCGUUGGACGGGAAAAACUUUGACGAUGGAAGAGCUGGCAUAAUGCAUAACUACUAUGUGAAAGUUGUUCCAACCAGCUAUGUACAUAUGGAUGGUCGAGUGGAAAACAGUCAUCAAUUUUCAGUCACUACUCAUCAGAAGGAUAUUACAAAAGGAAUGAGUGGAAUACCAGGAUUUAUUGUUCAGUACGAGUUUAGUCCAUUGAUGGUACGUUACGAGGAAAGGCGUCAACAUCUGAUUACAUUUCUUGUUUCACUCUGUGCUAUCAUUGGAGGUGUUUUCACGGUCGCUCAGUUAAUCGACUCAAUGAUAUAUCAUUCUUCACGGGUUCUGGAACGUAAACUUAGUUUAAACAAGCUUGGUUGA